UGGACAAUUUGCACAAAGGAACGGCUCUCAGACAGCUGUGAACCGGCUUUUGUCGUUCACUUAAAAGAGCCGUUCAAAGGAACGGCUGGUUCAUUGAACGUCACAGGGGAAGUAGUGGACGGGGUGAUUCAUCCCUCUGCCAUUGUGGCGGUGUGCUCGUCCUUCAGAGCUGACUGAGCAACGGGCAGCAUCUCUGAGCCGAGAGAGGAAGACACGAUGAAGUCUUUACGACGGAGAAUAAUGUCAAAGAUCAGAAAGAAGAAAACCUCUCAGAGGACGGACACGCAGAGUGACUCCAGCGGUGCUCGGGAAGACAUCUCCUCUUGUUUCAUGAUCAUGACUGUCCCGGGGCGGGCGGGGAGAACAGCGCGUCCAGAUGGAUCUGAACACCGUCGUUCAGGAUCUGCCUGUGCUCCUGGAUGUUCCUCGAUCUGGUUCCUCAGAGGGAGGAACUAUUAAAGAGCAAUGCAACAUCCACAUGAUGAAGUUCUGGAACAAGAGCAUCCCCAAACCUCCAGAGGACCUGGAGAAGAAGCUUCAAGAGCACCUGAACGAAGUGAAGAAGGUCGUGGCUCAUCAUCUGAGGAGGCUCAAACCGUGGAUGCAACCCCAUGGGCUGAUGGGAUACCUGGAGGACUGCUGCCACCGCCGGAUGAUCCAACACCUGCAGAGCCUGAUCCGGAGAGUCAGCUCCUCCAGGAGCUGCUUCAAGCUGCUGCACUGGGCUCGUCACUCAUAUCUCAGGAUUGAGGAGUUUUCCAACCAUGACUACCAGAAGAUCAACGGAUGGGACGAAUGGGAGAGCACAGCGAAAGACAUACUGAUUCAAACUGAGCAGGAAGAACAACAAGUUCGCCUUAAGAAAAUCCUGGAGGCUCAUAAACGCCAGAAAACCUGUGACAAUGAGGAGUCUUAUAUUUUACUUGAUGUGGACGUCAUAAAGUUCACCUUUGACACGUUUGAAAAAGUCAAAGCGAUUGACCAUGACCUGAGUGACAGAGUUCUUCGGGUUUGUUCUCGGGAGCUGCUGGUGUUUGUGAAAGGGUACAAUGAGUGUCAGAGAGUCUUUUUAAAGAAGAAACCAGCGACCGUCCACUUCCUGAAGACUCUCAGAACAUGCCGAGGAAUCAGGAAAAACAUCCAGGAUCGACACAUGGAGGAAAUUGUCGAGCUGCUGACUGAGAUGGAGACUUUCACCAAAGAGCUGCUCACUAAAGUCGUCACUGACGAUGUGGAGAAAAACAUCAAGCGAUACUUCAGAUCAGAUAACAAGCGGAUUUUCCCCUUCGACCCUUUGGAGAAGCAUUUUCCUCAACUGGAUUUUGCUGCGGAGGAGCGCAGGGCAGUGAUGGGGGACAUUUACAAAGGCAUCGCCCACGUCUACUUCAAACAUCUCAUUGGAACCAGCAUGAGGAAGCUGAGGAAGAAGUGGUGGACUGACACCAACAUCGGGAAGACAGUCCAAGCGGACGCUGUGGAGCUUCACAUCAUCAUCUCACGCUGGGCAGAAGACGUCCCACAAUACAACAACCUGCUGCUGAAGAUCAGAGAAGUGUUGGCCUGCUCCGACAUGGAGGCCAUGAAGCAGACGAUGGCGUUCAUAGAGAAGGAGUGUGACGAGCAGAGUGAAGACCUGCAGCUGCUUCCCGACCUCCUGCUGUGGGCAGACUACAGUCCUCUGGACGUCAAGAGGGUGCUGGAGGUGCUCCAAUCCCCUCCUUCCAUCCUCCAAAUGCCAUCCUGGUUUGUGCAGUACUACCUGUGCUGCUGCUGUUGAAGCCGUGAGCAACAAAUUCUGCAAUAAUUCUUCUUUUCAACAAGUUCUUCUGGUCUGCUAUUUCUCUUUGUGUUCAACUGAAAGAUGAAGGAAUUCCUUAAAAGAUUUCAAUCAGUUCAACUUUAUUAGUGAAGCACUUUUCAUACUUUGAGCAACAGAAAAACAUUUUAAACCAAAAAGCCAGCAGUGCUUUAACGGCAUCCGUUCUCAGCACACCCUGCAGGUUCUUUCUGUUUUUAACGGUUCAGCCGCAGUAAAACGAGAAUCCAGGUUUUAAUCAAAGGGCUUUAUUCAUGUGAUUCUACAGCAAAAAGCACUAAAGAAGGAAUCCGUGGCUCACUGCAUCUUUUCUUCACCUCUUUAUUUUUAUCGUCUUUUCCUUUGUUCGUUACUGUCGGAUGUUUGCUCUGAUUUAUUCCGUCUCAUCCUGAUAAUCAACUGUAAAGAAACAAAUAAGCCACCAAAGGGAGAUGUUUAUGUUGAAUACUAACUUAUUUUAGCACUACAUGAGUCAGGGUUCCCUCAGGGUCUGGAAAAGUCCAUAAUAGUAUUGAACUUACUAAUCUGUAUUUAAUACCUUGAAAAUAUUUUAAAUUUGGUUUUGUACGUGUUAAAUUAUGUUUCCGUAAACUUGUUUGAAUAGAAUAGCCACAUUUAAACACAAUGCAGCAGUUCAACAUGUUUUGGUGACUGACGCAGGUUUAGCCGAAAAGCACCGAACUGAAGUGUGAAUCAUGUGAUCCUGGUGGGCGGGGCUCCGGCGCUGCAGGAGCUCCUGAUGCUGUUUGGUUUAAUGAAGUCAUCCUGCUUGAACAGAAACAAUGCAACAGAUGCAUCAGUUGCAACAGGAAAGGGUAGCACACUCUGUCAGCAUAGAUACGAUGCUCCCAGUCAGCAUUUUAAAGAAUGCAGGCAAGUCACCUGUCCUGCUUCGUCAACUUUCAGUUUCCUGUGCAUGUUCACUACAACAUUUAACAAUGAAAACAUUUAGCAAUGAUAAUCAAACAUAAUAUUUCCAACAGUUUACAAGGCCAAGGUGGAGGCGGU